AAUAUAUCAUCGUACUCAACGAAUAUCGAAAUUUUAACUAUCAUAGUCCCAAUCCCCAUGGACCGUUCUCUGUCCGAAAAAAGUCGUAGCUGGGUUCUCAAGGUUCGAUGAUCCAUAAGGCAUGAUCUAUGAUCAAAGUUUCCUUUUCGGAGCGAUGACUUGGUAGCAACGAAACGCCUUUUCCUUCGUCACUCAGGCGCUCGAGCAAAUGCUGAUUCAGCGAUCAGCGAGUAUUUAAUCAAGGCGGCAGUGCCAACAGCGUGAAGAGAUAUCACUUCGCGACCGACAUGCACAACGUACACUCUCCGAUUGUUCCCAGCGUAAUCCCUAUUCACGAGCAGCUCCAUCCUGGAUGUGUUAUCGAUGUUCACGGAGUAGUUGAACAUGGACAUCACAAAAAUUUUGCUGUUGAGCUCGUCUCAGGGCCUCACAUUGUACUUCAUGUCAAUUUCCGUUUUCGUCACACACACGAGGUUGUCAUGAACUCGGCGAGCCAUGGAGCCUGGGGCACUGAGGUAAAACACAAAAAUCCCCUUCACCAUGGUAAUCAUUUCCAUCUGCAUAUCAGUGUACAUCAAAGCCAUUAUGAAAUCAGCGUAAAUGGUCAUCAUCUUGCUGACUACACUCACCGUUUCCCAAUGGAAUCGGUCCAGGGAGUUGGCUUGAAAGGAGACGUCAAAGUCGAAAAGAUUGAGUUCACCGGAUUCGCCUUCGGUGUUGAUUGGAAUGCUCAUCGCGAUUACGGUCAUAGCGGAUACAGUGCGUACGGAACUGACAACUACCAACCACCUGUGUUCAACAACACUCAUGCCUAUAACGCCUACUUCUGAGGAAACGCCUUGUGAUAUUUUUCCGUGAACUGUUAAGAUUUCUAUGAGUUUUCGUAUAAAGAUUUAUCGCCUUCUUUACGAAUCUGCCCGAUAAAUCUUG